AUGAAUAAUGUAAUAUCUAACAAGGAAUAUUGUAAUUAUAUUGAUGUUUCCAUGAAAGAAUAUAAUUUACAUCAGAAGAACUGUGAAAUAGAAAAUAAUUCAUCAAUUUGUAAUGAAAUUAUUAAAUACAUAAUUCCACAUUUAAAAAUACGUGACGAUUUCAUUAUUAAGUGCGAUACUGAAGAAGCAUCUGAUACCAAUACCCAUAAUGAUCAGGAUUUACAGCAUAGUCCUGAACAAAAUCCAGAGAGUGUUACUGAUUUAUUAGUUCCUGAUUCUUCAAAUGAUGGAAAGUCAACUAGAGCUAUAAUUUCAGCUUCGUUUGCUGGAACAGUUGGCUUUUUAUUCCUGCUAUAUAAGGUAAUAGAAGAAAUAUUAAUAAAUAUAAAAAUUAUAGAGUGUUUUUUCAAAAUGGGUACUACCCUAGGUUUUUUUAAUUACAGUUCUUAUUUUUCAAAUGUGUUAUUUUUUUUUAAAUAUCAGUUUACACCAUUGAGGUCUAUGUUAGAUCCUGUAAUCAGAAAAACAAAAAAGAAUUUAAUGAAUUCAGUUCAAGGAAGUAAUGAAUUAAAAUCACAGGAUAAUGAUUUUUAUCCAACAGAUAUGGAUUUAAACAGAUAUAAUAUUGCAUACCAAUCCAGAUAA